GCCCUCCCUUCCGCUUUGGGGAAGCAGAGGGUCUGGCGUUUCCGGUUGUACCGCGUGGGUCUCGUCCGAGUACGAGCUGGCGGAAUGGCGGCGUUCGAUGGCCCGGCAAAGCCGCUCCUGUCCCUAAACCCGCAGGAGGAUGCCAAAUUUAAAAAGGAGGUGGCUCAGGUUCGUCGGCGUGCGACCAAGCAACAGGAGAAACAAAAACCUACUCCUGGAGUAAUCUAUGUGGGCCACUUACCACCAACCCUUUAUGAAACCCAGAUCCGAGCAUAUUUUUCCCAAUUUGGCACUGUUAGAAGAUUCAGACUGUCCAGGAGUAAAAAGACUGGAAAUAGCAAAGGCUACGGCUUUGUGGAGUUUGAAUCUGAAGAUGUUGCCAAAAUAGCUGCUGAAACAAUGAACAACUACCUUUUUGGUGAAAGACUCUUGAAGUGUCAUUUUAUACCACCUGAAAAGGUACAUGAAGAACUUUUUAGAGAGUGGCAUAUGCCAUUUAAAAGGCCAUCAUAUCCAGCAGUGAAACGGUACAAUCAGAAUCGGUCACUUGUUCAAAAGCUACGGAUGGAGGAGCGGUUUAAAAAGAAGGAAAAAUUACUCAGGAAGAGAUUGGCUAAAAAGGGGAUUGACUAUAAUUUCCCUUCAUUGGUUAAGGUAUUACAUAAAAAUGAGGAAAAGGCUUCAAACACUGGUCCUCAAAAUUCCAGAAAGCACCAGGCUUUACGUAAGAAGAAGAAAGCUGCUUCAGUCACUCCUGAGACUCCUGAGAAGGCUGUGGGUAGCCAGGGUCCCACACCAGUUUGUACACCAACAUUUUUGGAGAAACGAAAAUCUGAAGUGGCUAAAAUGAAUGAUGAUGAUAAAGAUAAUGAAAUAGUUUUCAAACAGCCCGUAUCUGGUGUAAAAGAAGAAACACAGGAGACUCAACCACCUGCAAGUUCAAAGAAAAAAAGACGAAGAAAACACAAUCAGUGAUUUUUUUUUUUAAUGUAUUGUGUAUAGUUCUUCUGAAAAGAUGAUUUUAUUAUGAAGACUAAUUCUUUAUAUUUAACUAGAUACAGUGGAAUGUAACCAGUAACAAGAUAGUUGGGAAAAAACUGUCAAUUCAAGUCCCUGAGGAAAGCAGUCAGUGAUUCUGGCUUCCCUGCCCUUGCUGAAAUCCGGGGUGCACACCAGUUUACAGCAGCUAGGCUUCCACUGCCUCUUGUCCUGUCUCUAGUUUUCUUUGCAGUUUUCACAGGUGCUUGUAGUUACUCUGCCUGGAGAGAAGAUCACUAUUAACUGCUGGUUUAAGUACUAAACUGUAACCUUUGUUGUUACUAUCAAAUAAAGAAAAUCUUGCUUGACCGUCAAAAUAGUUCUCUAUUAGACCAAGCACAUUUAACCCAUCAGAUGGCUGAAACUGGAAGUCAGAUUCUAUGGGCAGUGAGAAGGAGGUGUCAGUACUAAUAGAGACUCAUUUAUGUAUAUACGAUCAUUUUUACCAAUGUUAAAUUAGUUUGUGGUGGGCUGGCAUGGAUUAAUUAAUAACUACCAUCUUGUAUCAGUAUCAUCAAUCAGGAAUUUGGUUUCAAGAUUCAUGUAGUGACCACCUGAUAAACUUUUUCUGUUUUUUGUAUGCAAGGGGAACUUGGAUAUCCUGAAAUAAAAAAUUGUUGGGUUUUGCCUUUCAA